AUGCAACCACCAGCAGCCACGCCGCAGGGCUUGGCCGCCAAGGUAGCAGCUGGCUCGUACGUCGAGGUGCUCUCUUCCAAGCCGGCCAAGACCCUCAUCAAGGCCUUCACCCAGUCUCUCAAGACGGCAACACCGCAAGCCGAGCAAGCCGCCCAGACCGACGAGCAGGAAUCCCUGGUCAUUGCCGUCGCCGCCCUCAACGCCUUCCUGCAGUCCAACGUCACAGGUCCCGUUCUCGAGAACGCGAGGCCUGUGACGGCCCUCUUCGUCGCCGGCCACGGAGACGUCAAGACGCUGCGCAGGGCCUGUCUCGUCGACCUCCAAGUCGACGGCGUGGCCCCCUAUGCCCACAUUCCGCACAUUGAGCUCUUUGCCUUUGCGCGCCGCGUCGUUGCCGCCGCUCCUGCCACGACCAUUUCCGAGACGGCGCCGCUCGCGCUCGACGCCGCGACGACCGUCUCCCUCUCGUGGCUGCGCCUGCGCCUUGCCGUCUGGCACUACCGCCUCCUGGCCCAGCCGUCGCUGUCUGGCGCGUCCUUUGCCAAGACGUCGCAAUGGAUCGACGUGCCGUCCCUCGCCGAGACGGUCACGGCGUCACUGGGGCGCGUGCGCCGACAGCUGUUUGGCGACGCCCACGAUGACGAUGUCUGGGCGCUCGCUUCGGCCGAGGGCGUGCCGUGGGCGCGUCAGGACAAGGUGCAGUUCCUGCUCGAGGCGGCGAAUGCGUGGAUCAUGCUGGGGCGCGACGACAAGGCGCGCGAGGCCCUCGGCGAGGCCACCAGGCUCAACAGGUUCGAGUUUGCGCUCUCGGGUGCCCUGGGCAAGAGGACGCGGUUCCAGGAGAAGAGCAUCAGUCAGCUCGUCGUGCUGGCGCGCAGCGCCACGCACGAGACGGAGGAUACGGCCGUCGCUGACGAGGGCGACGCAGAGGCCGAGGCCAAGCCCGAUGCCCUGGCUCUCAACGACGACACGCUGCUCGAGAAGAUUGACUUUUCCGAGGGCCGUGACGGCGAUGCCGCCCAGUCUGCCACGCUGCCGGCUGCGCUCGUCGAUAUCAAGCCGGACGAGCAGCCGCAGCUCGCGCCCCUGGACCAGAUCAUCCUGCUGACCGAGGCGACGCUCAGGGAUUCCUUCUCGCCCGUCGACACGCUGACGUCCGAGGAGGUGCUGCCGUAUGCCGUGCGCGUCGUUUCGGAGAAGUCGACCAACUGGCAGAUUUACACGCAGGCGCUGCUUGUGCGGUCGAGGAUCGAGAUGCACAGGAGUCGCACUAUUGAGCGGGGCGUGCUGCAGAUGCAGGCUGUGGUCGACCAGGUCGUUGUUGAUACGGAGCAGCCUGCCGAGGCCAAGGACGAGGCCAAGGACGAGGAGAAGGACGAGGGGAAGGACGAGGAAAAGAAGAACGACGACGCAGACGUGCCAGCGAUCGCCGUCACGGCACCUGACCAAGCACCCGAGGCCGACGCGGACAAGCCGACGACCUUCUUCCGCGCCGCUGAAGCCGCCGACUCGGCUCCCGCCCAUGUCCGUCUGCAGUACAUCCACGCGCUCGCGUCUCCGCCGCGCUGGCACCUCGAGUCGGAGCUCGCCUACUCGUGGGCUCACGUCGGCUCCCUUGUGUCUGCCCUCGAGAUCUUCAAGCGUCUCCGCCUCUGGGCCGAGGUUGCGCUCUGCCUCGCCACGGCAGCCGCCGCCUCGGCCGACGACGAGUCUGGACGCGGCAGCGGCGGAGAGGAGAAGGCCAAGGGCAUCAUGCGCUGGCGCCUCUUCCACGCAACCGGCACCACGUCGCCCGUCGACCCAGACGCCGAAGACCUCCCCGAUGACGUUGUCCAUCUGACGCCGGCGCACUUCUCCGGCCCCGAGCGCAGCCCUGCCGUGCCCAAUGCGCCGCGCCUGUUCUGCAUCCUCGGCGACCUCGAGCAGGACCCGAGCCACUACCUGCGCGCCUGGGAGAUUUCCAACCGCCGCUUCGCCCGCGCCCAAAAGUCGCUCGGCGAGUACCACCUCGCCAAGAAGGACCUGCCCGCCGCCCGCGAAGCCUACGCACUGGCCGUCGGCAGCAACCGCCUGAGCCCCGAGCUCUGGUCCCGCCUCGGCGACAUUGACCUCCGCCUCGGCCGCCCCGGCGACGCCGCCGAAGCCUACCGCCGCGCCAUCGCCGCGGCAGGCGACCCCAUCGGCGGCGAGGACGCCCGCACCUGGAGCAACCUCGGCUCGGCGCUGUGGUCGCAGUACCUGCAGGUGAUUGACGACCUGCGCGCCGAGCUCAAGGACGCCAAGCUCGAGGACGCACCCGCUCCCGCCCCCGCCGACGACGAAGAAGGCGACGCGACGGCCGCGACGACGGAGGGCAAGAAGACGCAACAGGACCCCGAGGUCAUCCUCGCGCAGUCCCUCGCCGCCUACAAGCGCGGCGCCACGCUGUCGCAGGACAACUGGCGCAUCUGGGACAACGUCCUCACGCUCGCGACGCGCUCGCACCCGCCCGCCUACACCGACGUGCUGCACGCGCUGCGCGCCCUCGUGCGCAUCCGCGCCUCCGAGACGGCCCUCGACGCUGCCGUCCUGCGCGCGCUCGUCCAGGACGCGCUCAUCUCGCAGCCCAAGCAGGACGUCGACAGCAGCAGCAGCAGCACGACCGGCGUGUACGAGCCGCCCCGCGGCACCCUGGCGCGGGCCGUGGCGUUUUUCCUCGAGGAGGCCGUUGUGCCGCUCAUCACGACGCGGUCGGAGCUGUGGGAGAUUGUGGCGCGCGUGCGGGCGUGGCGGCGCGACUACAAGGGCGCCGUCGACGCCGCGGAGAAGGGCUGGAGGACGGCCAUGGGGAGCGCCUCGGCGCUGGGGGCCAGCGACGGGGGCGCGGCGAAGAGCUGGCUCGAGGACGAGGAGGCCUGGGGCGAGGUCGUGGCGCGGACGGACGAGCUCGUCGGCGUGCUGGAGAACUAUGGCGCCUUGGCCGAGGGCGUGGGCGAGCGGUGGAGGGGCAAGGCGAGGAGUGCGGUGCGGAGCGUCAUGGGCAAGGCCAGGACGGCGUGGGAGGGGAGUGAGGGGUGGAAAGUGCUUGAGAGGCUGGCCGAGGGGCUGGCUUAG